AUGGCAGUGUGGAUAUGCUGGAGGGAUGUAGCUGCUACAGCUGCCUCUGCUGCAGCUGCCGCAGCCCUCUCCCUGCUAGACGUGCUACAGCUGUUCUUGUGGGUGGUGGUGUCACCGGCUGUAGCAGAGGAGCUGCUGAUCAGAGGGCUGCUGUUCACAGCCCUGCAAGAGAGGCUCGGCAGGAUGGUCGCUGCAAUGCUCUCUGCAGCCCUCUUCGCCCUCUUCCACCUCUCCCUCUCCCUCCUCUUCCCCAACAUGGCCCUUGGGAUUGCCGCCGGCCUGCUUGCUGGUGCGAAUGGGCUAUGGUUGUGCUGGAGACAGGAAGGGUGUUUCGACGAGAGCUGA